UCGUCGACACCCGCGCUCACCGUCUCAUCCAGCGUUGUAGCUGAGGCUCAAGUUGUCGGCCUGUACACUUUAGACCCACUCACGCACGCACUUGCACGUCCAUUUUAUUCCCGUUUGUUUGCUUUCCAUAAUGUCAACAACCCCGCCAUCUACAAUCCAUCAGAACGUCGCUCCUUCUGAGGUUGGAUGGCAGUUCGUUCCUCAAUAUUAUACGUAUGUCAACAAACACCCCAAUCGUUUGCAUUGUUUCUAUACCAAAACCUCCACCUUCACUCACGGCAUGGAGGGAGAGGAUGUUAAGCCUUGCUUCGGACAACAGGAAAUUCACAACAAGAUCACUUCCAUCGGUUUCCAAGAUUGCAAGGUUUACAUCCACUCCGUAGAUGCACAAUCUUCUGCAAAUGGUGGUAUUAUUAUUCAGGUUAUCGGCGAAAUGUCCAAUCAUGGAGACCCGUGGAAGAAAUUUGUUCAAACCUUCUUCCUUGCGGAACAACCCAAUGGCUACUUCGUUCUCAAUGAUAUCUUCCGUUUCCUCAAGGAGGAAACUACCGAAGACGACGCGAGCGAAACCGAUGCAACUACACUUGUUGAUCAACCGCCCUCCACACCUGAACGGCCUGCUGCCGAGCCUGCCUUUGUACUUGCCCCUCCGCCAGAGCCAGAGCCAGUCCCGGCCCCAGAGCCCACCGCGGAACCUGUCCCCUCUCCACCUGUCCCUCUCUCGGAGGAAGAACUUACCACCGUCAACCCUCAGCCUCCUACCCCUCCUCCUGCCGCAGAGACUAAGUUGCCCGAGCCAAAUGGCAUCCAUCCUGUGGAGCCUGAAGCACAACCCCCUGCAACCUCCCAACAGCCCUCUCCUGCCGCUUCCAUUACUGAAAUUCCCUCUGAACCUGCACAACCUGAACCCAUGUCUCCACCUCAGGCGUCACCCGUUCCAGUGACCCAACCAGUCCCGCCUGCCCUACAACCCCAGCCUCACGCACCGGUCCCCGCCAAGCCCAAGACUUGGGCAAGCCUCGCUGCUGCGGAUUCUAAAAGGUGGGGCGCAGCGGUCGCCCAAGAGUCAAAGGGCUUGUCGGAGGCACCUGUAUCAUCGAGUAGCCCUGUGCCAACUCCGCACUCCCCUGCUCCACAUGGCCACCGCAGUCAACACCAUGGUCCGCGAGAAUAUGCUGCAGUCGCUGCUGCACAAGCACUUACUACUCCUCAAUGUUUCGUUAAGGGUGUUGUUGAGCCUGUGACUCAGAAUCAAUUGUCCCAAACACUGACGCAGCGGUUCGGGCCUGUCAAAGAUGUCGAGAUUGUCCGCCCAAAGGCUUGUGCCUUCCUUGAAUUUGUCUCGCUGGACGCUGCCAAGAAAGCCAUCAUCGCCUCACUACCGCAAGCCCAAGGAGGUGAGGGUGGUAUCCGUGUUGAUGUUGGUGGAGAAAUUGGGACAGUUCGCAUCGUGGUGGAGACUCGUAAAGAACGAGGUGACCGUCCACAGAGCCGUCCCCGGGGCGGUGGUCCUGUGAAUGGCGACUCACGCGGUGGAUUCAGAGGUGGACGUGGGGGAGGUGGACGGGGACGGGGCGGUCCUCCCGUUGGUAAGUAGACACGCGAUGACGUUCGACACCCCUGUGCAGUAGGAUUGGAUAGGAAAUGACGGCGAGAUGCUAGGCAGGUGUCGUGGGUUGGUGUAUGGUAUUUGGGCAUUGCUACAUUUGCCCUCGUUGGCUAACCAUCGUUUCAUUUGUUGUAUCCUUAUCCCCUUCACUCGCCUCUAUUUUUACCCUCAUCCACUGUCCAAUGCUUCCUCAGGUCGGGUACCUCGUACUCAUUUCAUUUACCAGUAUUUUUUUGCGCUGUCCUUUUUUUCUCUCUGGUCGUAGCUGCGUGAGGGGUCGAGUAGAGUAAAAGUAAUAAAAAAAGCUGACCAAAAAUGCAAACAUGGUGAUAUAGCUGCUGCAGC